AUAUAAGCGACGCACACACAACGAUAUAACCUCAAAAAAAUUAUUUAAAUUGUGAAAUUUAUUUCUAUUAAAACUAAUUUAUAUACAUUCUAAAGUUAAUAAAUGGCUUUAACAAAACCAAAGUCGGAGAUGUCCUCCGAGGAGCUCCAAGCUCGCGAGGAGGAAGAAUUCAACACUGGACCACUGUCCGUCUUGACACAGUCAGUAAAAAACAACACUCAGGUACUCAUAAACUGCCGGAACAACAAAAAACUACUGGGUAGAGUUAAGGCUUUCGACAGACAUUGCAACAUGGUACUGGAAAAUGUUAAGGAAAUGUGGACGGAGCUACCCAGGGCUGGUAAGGGUCGCAAGAAGGCGAAACCGGUCAACAAGGAUAGGUUUAUUUCGAAGAUGUUUCUAAGAGGCGAUGCCGUGAUACUAAUUGUUAGAAAUCCACUUGCUACCGCGAAUGCAUGAGAUAUUUAAGGUAUUUUUGUAAGAUUUAGAAAUAAGUUAAAUAAAUUUGUAAUAAAUU